UCCAUCAGAACUUUAUAUUACUACGACACAUUAAGAACUUCCACUAACUGCAAGACCAAAUCAAACAGCCUCUGUGCCUUGUGUUUUCUUUACUUGUGACGAAAAAUGGACAUUUUAUUGUGUUUUUUAAACUUUUUGCUCAUUCUUGAAAGAGGAUAUGCAGUGAGGCAUCGAACAAAUCUUGUAUGGUCAAUGAGUCCAUUGGUCAAUGGCAGAGCCAGGAUCGUUGGAAUCGAAGGUGAUCCAAACCAGUGGAUUCCAUCUGGCAAUGUGACGGUGCGUCAUAUCAGCGCUCCACACUCCGCCUGGCAGUUCCGAGGUCUAGCUUUCCAUUACAAACACAAAAUGUUAUACUGGAGUGAGAAGAGCAAACACAGGAUUCAGGGUCUGAUGCUGGUGAACCGAUCCACGUCAACACAGACCAUCUUCACGGGAACCUCCAAAACGAUUGACGGUCUGGCGGUGGACUGGGUCUCCAAUAACUUGUACUCUGUAGAUCCCAAAUACAACUGGAUCAUGAUGAUCGCUCUAAAGGAGAACAUGACAGAGAACACCGCCGUGUAUAAACUGGUGGUCAAAACUGACCUCGAUAAUCCUCACGGACUAGCAGUUCAUCCGCAGAAAGGAUAUCUGUUUUGGAGUGAUUGGGGGUUCUACCCAAAAAUUGAAGUCUCAGAUUUGUUGGGAUUAAACAGAAGAACCAUUGUAUCUGACAAUAUGCUGACUCCACGCGGUAUAACUAUAGACUACAAGGAAAAGUUGUUAUACUGGGUAGACAGUCAAAAAAACACCAUCGAGAGUGUGCAGUUUAACGGAAAUAGCAGACGUAUCAUAGUGUCUCACGCAGGCGCAAAGUUUUUCGGAGUGGCCGUUUUUGAGAAAUACAUCUUUGCCACGGAACAGUUAGACGGACAUCUUCGAAUUUACGACAAAAACACGGGAAAGGGCUACAUCAACUACCAGCUGGGAUACAUCCCUUACGACAUUAUGAUGUACGACGAAGAAUCUCAAGCAGGCAAUUCUUCUGAAUGUGACGAGUUGAAUUGUGACCAAAUUUGUGUAAACCUGCCAUUAUCUGGGCCUCGGUGUUAUUGUGGUGAUGGAUACGAAAUGCAAGAGGACCAGAAAACAUGUGAGGAAGCCAAGCUAUUUUUGCAGCCUGCCCAUAUUUACGCCAUUCGUGAUGCCAUCUGCCAGUAUCCAGCUAACUUUGGUCACAUGUCCCUCAAGAACAUAACUUUGGAUAAACAGUGCUUUAUAAAAACGAGGAAAGGUUUCAUGGCGCUAGCAUAUGACGGGGAUCAGCGGACACUUUUCUACUCGGAAAAUGUCACAAAGAGUAUCAGUAAGGUGCAGCUCAAGAGAGGCGAAUAUACUAAAUCCAUCAUAAAGGGAAUUGGAGAGGUUAAAGGUCUUGCCUUUGAUUGGAUGACAAAGAAUUUAUACUGGACAGACAGUAAAUACCAAUGGAUUAUGGUGGCCAGGCCCGAUGGACGGUUUCAGAAGAAGUUGAUAAACGAGAACCUCGUGGACCCAGUUGGCAUUGUGGUGCAUCCUAAGAGAGGGGAACUGUAUUGGAGUGACCCCGGCAGACACGUGGUAGAGGUGUCGGCUUUGAAUGGAGGCGGCAGGAGAAAUCUAGUGGUGACAAACAUCGAUCAUCCCAAUCAUCUGUAUUUAGACUUCACGUCUGAUGUAUUGUACUGGGCAGACUCUGGAUUAAAUCAAGUUGUUAGCUAUGAUCUUGAUUUAGACGUGACAUCAGUUGUUUAUAAACACCAGUCAGCUAGAUUUUAUGGAAUCAGCUUAUUUCAGGAUUACCUUGUGUGGACGGAUCAGAAUGACAUGAAUGGUAUUCACAUCGCAGAUAUCCAGACUCAAAAUAAAGUCCGUGGAAUAUUGCAUCCACAGACAGGAGAAGCUCUUGACGUCAUCGCUUACGAUGUUAUCAACCAGCCAGUUCUAGAUGUAACGUGCAGUGAUAACAAUGGAUACUGUGAUCAGCUGUGUCUAGGACUGUACAAUGAAUCAUACGUCUGUGCAUGCGGAACAGGAUUUCAACUUGACAAAGACUUGCAAUCAUGUAUUACAGGUUUAGCUCGAGAUAAUUUCGUAAUAGCUGCUGACUCCUACCAGAAACAGCUGUAUCAAGUGGAUUUGUCGACCGGUGAUGUGCACGUCAUUGCCCCGGAAAUAGCUCACAACCGGCCAAUCGCCGUGGCCUUUGAUCCGAUCAGAAACAUGUUGUAUUGGACGGAGAAUGACAGGGCAGAAGGAAAGGUCAUUCAAAGAGUCAAUGUGGAGGGUCGGUCCUCAGAAAUCAUCAAGGCCCUCUCUGAAGAUUCCGUUGUUGAUGGUUUAGCCUUAGAUCAUAUCAACCGAUUGCUGUUUUACACGGACACUGGGCUAGAUCGUAUUCAAGUCGUUUCAAUAGACAACUAUCAGAUAUGCAAGACAGUUGUAAAGGAUAAAUUAGACGAGCCCAGGGCAAUAGCCAUACAUCCUCUGAAAGGGAAAAUAUUUUGGUCUGAUUGGGGAAAUGAACCAAAAAUAGAAUCUGCGAAUAUGGAUGGAACAGAAAGACGGUUGUUCCUGAGUAUGAGCGGUAUAGCUUGGCCAAAUGGGCUAAUUAUAGAUUAUGAAGACAACGUCCUUUACUGGGUGGAUGCUAAACAAAACACAAUAGAAUCCAUAUCUAUUGAUGGGACUGAUCGGCGGAUAGUCGUCCAUGAAACUGAUGUCCAUUACUUUGGUAUUACUCUGGUCGGAAAUCAACUCAUCUUAUCUGACUGGAAAUCCAAUUCUCUAAAAACUAUAAACAAGUCAACUAGGAAUGGAGGAUCGACGCAGGUGAAACCCAUAGGCCCUGCUGCCUUCUCACGAUUGAAUGGGUUGACUUCAUAUGACUCAACAUCUGUCAUAAAGGGUGCCAGUGGAUGUACUGGGGUUUUCACUUGUGAUCAUAUUUGUAUACCUCUACCUCGACUUAGAUUCAUUUGCGCAUGUGCAGAUGGUUAUCAAGAACAAGGAUCCGCAUGUAUCAAAACUGACCCCAAUGCCACAUCAAUAGAUGCUCGAGCUAAACACAAUCCAAAAUCGAGUGCAUCUAGCAAGUAUAUCACAUAUUCAAACACUGGUUUGUCAAAAGGGGGAGUAAUCGCUAUAGCAGUAGUAUGUGUUGUCGCCUUCAUCAUCACCAUCAUUGCUGCCAUGUUUCUAUUUACACGAUGGCGGUCAGGAAGAGUACGACACGAGCGGCUAGUGGACUCGGGGAACAAUCAGGUGGACAACUUCUACAGAAUUACUUUCCCUGACAAACAUCAAGAAUCCGUCAGUUUUGAUUCGGGAAUUGACCAGUACGAUCAAAAUCAGAGUUCAUGAGAGUUAAAUCCUUCCAUUCAUUUUUUUCUUUUACUGACUAAAAUGUGUCGACAAAAUGUGAAUACAAAAGUACAAACGGUUUUGUGAUCCAUUGUUUAAUAUACUGUGGUUAAGUGCGGUGGAUGUUUAUUCUCUAUUGACAUCUUGUCGAAAAUGUUAUGUAAUAAACAAGUUCUUGUUGACUACGCAUUCGUCAUAGCCUGAUGGACAUAGAUGAUAUUGAUUGAUAUGAAUCAUGACAUGUAAAAGUGUAAUAAGAGAGGUUGUAUCUUUCUCAACUGAAUAGGGGUAUUAUGUACAACAGGUUUAACAUGGACUUUGUAGGACUACAGAUCAUUACGAUAACUUCGCUCCGGCAAAUUGAUAAAUUAUUGAUCUUUGAUUGGUUUCAAAAAUGUCAUCGUAAUCAUACAUUCUUACAAGAACAUAAAAAUAUUAUAUGUAA